AUGCCGUCUAUAGCUAUAGGAAACCUUAAUGUCAGCGUUGCAACAGGGCCUCCCGAAAUAUCCUGGGAGUUACUUCUUACCCUCAAAGAUGAAAAAGAGAAGAAGGAGGCUGGCGGAGGGGGGAACUGCAGCAGGCUGAGCACCGCUGUCAGGAAACAGAAGCCCACCGCGAAUGCGACUCGCUCAACCAGCUUAACGGGGGACGGCACGUCUGUGGGAUUUACCAUGACAACUGAAUCAGGCGCAGACUCAGAGGCCAAGCAGCCGCAGGAAAACAAGGAGGCGGAGAAGGGGAAAGCCAAAGCAGCAGCCGAACCCACCUCACCUCAGAACCAGCCGGAAAAGCUCCCAGCCGCUGCUGGACACAGCACCCCGGCCAGGAAACAACAGGAGCAGCAGGAAGAGGAUCAGGCGUCCCACAGGUCGUCCACCAGUCGUCUGUCCAGGUCUCCUUUGAAAGGAGUCAAGAAGGUGAAGAUCAUGCAGUGUAAACUCACCCUGCUCGACGGCUCCGACUUCACACUCAACGUGGAGAAACGAGCCAGGGGCCACGUGCUCUUUGAUAAAGUGUGUGAGCACCUCAACCUGCUGGAGAAGGACUACUUUGGCAUCACAUACAGAGACGUAGAAAAUCAGAAGAAUUGGUUGGACCCGUCCAAGGAGCUCAAGAAGCAAAUCAGGACUGGUCCCUGGAACUUUGCAUUCAACGUGAAGUUUUACCCCCCAGACCCCUCACAGCUGACCGAAGACAUCACAAGGUACUACCUGUGCCUGCAGCUGAGGGAUGACGUGGUGUCGGGUCGCCUGCCCUGCUCCUUCGCCACCCACUCGGUGCUGGGCUCCUACACCGUGCAGUCGGAGCUCGGAGACUACGACCCCGAGGAACUGGGCAGCGAUUACGUCAGCGAGCUGCGCCUGGCGCCCAACCAGACCAAAGAGCUGGAGGAGAAGAUCAUGGAGCUCCACAAGACCUACAAGGGGAUGACACCGGCCGAGGCAGAGAUACACUUCCUGGAAAAUGCCAAAAAGCUCUCCAUGUAUGGUGUGGACCUCCACCAUGCUAAGGACUCUGAAGGUGUGGAGAUCAUGCUGGGAGUUUGCGCCAGUGGCCUCCUUAUCUACCGAGACAGGUUGAGGAUCAACAGAUUUGCUUGGCCGAAAAUCCUGAAAAUCUCCUACAAGAGGAACAACUUUUAUAUAAAAAUCCGCCCAGGCGAGUUUGAGCAGUUUGAAAGCACAAUUGGUUUCAAACUUCCAAACCAUCGUGCUGCCAAACGGCUCUGGAAGGUCUGCGUGGAGCACCACACCUUCUUCAGGCUCGUGUCUCCUGAGGCCCCCCCGAAGAAGUUCCUGAGCCUCGGCUCCAAGUUCCGCUACAGCGGCAGGACGCAGGCGCAGACUCGCAGGGCCAGCUCCCAGAUCAUCCGGCCGGCCCCGUUAUUCGAACGCUCCUCCAGCAAACGCUACAACAUGUCGCGCAGCUUAGAUGGAGCUCCCAUUAUGGAGAACCACGAGAGUCCAGCCAAGGACAGCGACGCUGACGGGGCAGCCAAAGUCAUCGCCAAGGGAGACAUCAUCACCACGGUAACAACAGAGAAGAAGGCAGAGGAAGAGAAGGCGGAGCAGGAUGAUGUUCAGACCCCAGAGCCAGCUGCCACAACGCCGCUCAGACAAGACACAAAGCACUCCCCUCGUCCAUACUCAACCGACCCCCUCCGCUCUGAGCUCUCGCUCCCCUCGACUCCCGUCUCAUCCACCAAAGUGAGGCGGAGGCGCAGGGAGAGCGCUCGUAAGCGGGCCUCAUCGGUCAGCCCGGCCAAGAGCAGCACCGGGUGCCGGCGCCGGCAGGCCCGCGCCGACCGCAAAGCCGCCCUGCUGGAGGAGCAGGCGCUGCUGCUCUCGGCCCGCAAGCAGAGGCUGGAGCAGGGCAAGGGCCGCGGCGGCACGCUCUUCUCCUUCUCCCUGCACCUGCCCGACCUGUCCGCCAUCCUGGACGAGGACGGCUACCUCACCUUCCCCGAUCUCUCCGAGAUGCGCUUCCUCCCCGAGUGCGCUCAGAACUUCCUCCCCAUCAAGUCACCCUCGCUCAUCCCCUGCUUCCUCUUCAUCUUCUUUUUCCUGCUCUCCACCUCCUUCUCCGUCCCCUACGCCCUCACCCUCUCCUUCCCACUGGCACUGUGCCUCUGCUACCUGGAGCCUAAGGCAGCCUCCCUGACCGCCUCCAUAGCCCAGGGCUACCUUGACCAUGACAGUUCAGAGGAAGAGGAGGUGUGUGUGUGCGGACGCCUAACCUCAUCUCUGCCCGGUCACGCUCAUCCUGUAGAGUACAUCUUCAUCACCACAUCGUCCACAGAGAUGAACCUGCAAUCGGAAGCAGAUGAGGACUCUGAGACGCGGACUCAGGACACAGAGCCGCCGUCCGAGGUGCUCAAACACCAGACAAACAUCAGCGAACUGAAGCGUUCCUUCCUGGAAACGGGUGGCGGCAGUUUGCCAGGUCUAACAGAGUGGGAGAAGAGACUCUCCUCGUCCCCUCUGCGUUCGCCCAGGUUGGAUGAAGCCCCAAUGAUUGAGCCGCUGGAGCCGCAGGACAUCGAAGGUGAGCAGCCAGCUGGAGAGCAGACGAAAGAGGAGGUCGGGCCUAAAGAUGCUGAGGUUGCAGGAUAUCUGGUGAAAUACGUGGCGGACAGUAUCAUGACCGAUGGGGCCACCUCCUCUGGGCCUCACGGGAUUAGUUUGUCCACCACAAUGGACGACGACGUCUUUCUGGAUGGCACCCUGAGGGAGGAGGUGGUGGAAGAGAAAACCCCGGACUCCCAGGAGGAGGUGUCGGAGAGGUCGGUGGUGAAGAUCAGCCCCGGAGCUGUGAGGCAGGAAGUGUCCCAGGCUAUCAGUGACAAGAAAGGCACGCUCAUUAUCUUGAAGGAGGCAGAAGAAAAAGAUGAUGCUGAAGUCAAAGAGACGAGUGCUUUGAUGGUGAAAGAGGAGCUUGUCGUUCUGGGAGAGCUGGAAACGGAAAUUCUGUCCGCUUCCAAAGAGACAGAAACUCUAAAGGAAGUCCUUUCCGUUGCUGUAGAAGGCCAGCCUGCAGCAGUCAAGCACCGGAGUCCAAAUUUGGAAAUAAAAACUGAUGACAUGACUCAUAUUAAAGGUAUUGACUCUCCUAAGAAGGCAAUGGCAUCGUGGAUUUCAGAGGAAGUGAAGACGGAGGCUUCUGAGGGCACCGGUGUGUCUGUUGAGGAAGUAGAGGAGACGGAGAGCCCCGACGGGCCGCCGCAGAAGGCAGAAGUCUUCACCUUUGAAGAAGUCCAGUCUGAGGAGCCCAAAGCCAUUCUGACUCAGAUUACAGUGUCUGAAUCUUCAGCUGCAUCCUUAGCAGUGUCUACCCUGGGACUGGUCUCCUCCUUUCAAAAGGCAUCGGCCGAUCAGGAGGAGAAGGCAGCGGUUGCCACGGAAACAGAAGCGGCGCCAGCCAAAUCGUCAGGGCCAACGGUGAAUAUCCAGACAGCAGAGGCCACACAGACCCAGCUGACAGCGUCGGCAGAUCCACCCAUAGAAAAAUCAAUUAAUGGUCCUGAACCAUGUGUAGAGCAGACUCCUGAUGGCGUGGACGGGGCUGCCAAAGACCUGCCUGUGGUCCACACAGAGACCAAAACCAUCACCUACGAGGCUGCUGAGGUGGACACUAAUGGUGACGCAGACCCCGGGGUGUUGCUGAGUGCUCAGACCAUCACCUCGGAAACCAGCAGCACCACGACAACCACACACAUCACAAAGAUGGUGAAAGGAGGGAUAUCAGAGACGAGAAUUGAGAAGAGGAUCGUCAUCACGGGGGAUACGGACAUCGACCAUGAUGAGGAAUAACUGAGGGUCAACUCUCUGUCGAAGCUCCCCGAUCCCCCCCAAAAAACAUCCACAGCUCUCCACCUCUCCCAUCGGGACUCUCAGACGACGCCGAAAGCUCCGACUCUCCAAAUCCUGCAGCCCGCCGCCCGUCGCCAACACCACCUGCAAAGCAAAUCGAUGCAUUCUGCAUGAGAAGGACGCAACGUCGCAUUUUAAAACCAACGGCAAGAUCCCACUGAAGGCCGAUUCCUGAAGUGGUUUAGAUCUGCCUGCACGCCCGGCCACCCCCCCUCUCCCCCACCCCACACGCGGGCGCAGCAGCAAAGCGUUUGCUUUCACUGCCUUACCACUGACGCAUUUUUACGAUUAUUAAGGAUCAUUAUCCUGGCGUUGUUUAUUUAUGAAAUGAAGCCAUCACUCCAGAAACGUCAAAUCGCUGUAGGCUGAACAUGUUAACCCGGUGGUAGAAGUGCCAACCUCGUCUGCCGAAGCAGACACCGCUUCAGUCCCUUAAACAACGCAGCGAGUUUUAAUUUUUAUUCUUUUGUUUUUCACCACUGCAGAAAUCAUUUCAGCUCCGCACCUCACACAUCAAAGCUUCCCGAGGAGAACCGCCAAUCAUCUGUCACACUUGAUUCCUUUACCCACUUGCAUUUCCUUUUUUUGUUUUUUUUCUUUUUUUAUUGUAAUUUCAGUGUUUCUAUUCGUGUUUUUCAUCCGUUGCGAACGCGCCGCUGCAGCGUUUUGCCAGAAGGAUCUGUUCUGGUAGAAGCCAAGGAAUCAAAAGCAGAAGAGAAAGGUUUUUAUGUGCCGUGCUGAGGGGCAGAGGUCCGGCUGCAGCUCAGCUCCCGGUUCGUGUCUGGAGAAGAGCUCAGACGGCUGAGAUCUGUCCCUGCUCCCACCACCCCGAACAUGUCCGCUGUGUGCCUCCCCUUUCUGUUCUACUGUACCUGAACAGUCUUCAUGUGCGUCCAUGUUCUCCACAAGAAGGCGGAAUAAAAGUGACAAAUGCAUUUACUCUUUAAUUUGUCCUUUUGCUCUGAAAUAAUAAAAUGACCACUGAACCAAAACUUGUACAA